CGCUGUCCCCUCUGAUCCCCACUGCACGUUUGGUGGUGGCCCCGUUGUCCACUGCUCCUCCGUGGUCCCCGCCUCGCCUGCGAUGGUCCAGUCGCCCGCAGUCCGGUGGUCGAGUUGUUCCCCACGCCUUGGGUCUCCCCCGCCUCUGGCCUGAGCUGCCGGUCGGCCAGCCCCUCCAGCUGGCUGUAACAGGCGGGUUGUGGAUGUCCAGCAGCUUGUUUCUUGGAGUGUAUUUCUCAUUCAUUCGCAGUACUGGUGGGCAUGAUUAAGGACUGGACAUCCCAGCUUAAACCAGAGAGACGGGUGCUGAGAGCGACAGUGCCAGGGGCACGACCAGUGGACUUGAGAGCUUGCGUCACUGUCUUCAGAGUGUGUCAGAAUGCCCUCUGACCUCUCUCUGCGCCUGCCUCCUGAGCAUUAUAAUCUUGCUGGUUUUCGUUUUGGCUUUGGAAAUUUCGGUGUUUGUGCUUCUUGCCAUGAAAAUUGUCUGGAGAUAAUUUUUUUUUCCUCUCCUCUCCUCCCCCACCCCCCCUUAAAGGCUGAACUCCGGGCAGCUGUGUUUUUAGCACUAGAGGAGCAAGAAAAAGUAGAGAACAAAACUCCUUUAGUUAAUGAGAGCCUGAAAAAGUUUUUAAAUACAAAGGACGGCCGACUGGUGGCCAGUCUCGUUGCCGAAUUUCUUCAGUUUUUUAAUCUUGACUUUACCUUGGCAGUUUUUCAGCCUGAAACUAGCACAUUUCAAGGUCUUGAAGGUCGAGAGAAUUUAGCCCGAGAUUUAGGAAUUAUUGAAGCCGAAGGUACUGUGGGUGGACCCUUAUUAUUAGAAGUGAUCAGACGCUGUCAACAGAAAGAAAAAGGGUCAACCAGUGGGGAAGGUGCACUGGACCUGUCUGAUAUACAUUCUCCACCAAAGUCACCAGAAGGAAAAACAGGUGCACACACUCCUCCCAGUAAGAUACCAAAGUAUAAAGGACAAGGUAAGAAGAAGACAAGCGGGCAGCAGUCUGGUGCCAAGAAGGCCAGCAAUGAUGCCAGUCAUAGCGAUACCAGUAUCUCAUCAUCAGAGCCCAAGAGCAGAAGUAGUCUUCACUUGCUGGCCCAUGAAGCUAAAAUCGGGUCCUUGUUAGGCAACAGCAAUCUCGAUGUCAAUGCCAAAGCGGGUCCCAGUCCAGAUGAAGAUGACCUGGAAGGGGAUUCUUUCUUUGAUGACCCCGUUCCUAAACCAGAAGCAGCGUACGGUUGGAGAAGUGAACCCAGUAAGCAAGCAGGAAGCCUUGCAUCGCUGUCUGAUGCGCCCCCCCUAAAAAGUGGACUCAGCUCCCUUGCUGGAGCCCCUUCAUUGAAAGAGUCUGAAAGUAAAAGGGGAAACCCAAUUCUAAAAGAUGUUAAAUUGGUCAAUGAUAAAAUUGGAUCACUUGGAUUAGGGACUGGAGAAGAAGAUGACUAUGUUGAUGAUUUUAAUAGCACCAGCCAUCGCUCAGAGAAGAGUGAGCUGAGUAUUGGGGAAGAGAUUGAGGAGGACUUCUCUGUGGAAAUGGAUGACGCCAACACCAGUGACAAACUUGAGGACCUGACACAGGACCUGACCGUGUCCCAGCUCAGUGACGUCGCCGAUUACCUGGAAGACGUGGCCUAGGCCUGCGCACGGCAGGGUGCUGCUCGGCAGAGGACGGAACUCUGAUCAGUUCCCUCCAGACAAUCACUCUUUGCUGGAAUGUCUGCUCCCUGUUGGUGCCUUGUGUUUCAAAGGAUUACAGAUAUUUAAAAAAAUUUUUCAUUAUGCAAAACAAAAUAAUUCCUAUUUGAGCCCAUGUGUGGAAGAUUUAGUAUUCCUAAUUUGGUCUAGGUACAUGCUUCUCUAUGAAAGUUGAUCAGGCUCAAAUUCACCACAAGGAGGGAGCCGGUACAGCGCUGGUAUUAAGUGCAUCACGGAGGAGGCAGCAGAACUGUAGGUUCACGGCUCCACGUGCCCGCCUGCCUGCCUGCGGGCCUGCCUGCGGGUCUGCCUGCGGGCCGGCACCAGGGCUCAGGCAUUCGGCAGCAGGAGGGGCAUCUGCAGUUGGAGGGGGCGGUGGCGGGUGGUUCCAUAGGGAGUUGGCCCACGGCCUGGAAGAUCUGCGGCCUGGAGCCUGUCACUGUAAGUUACACUUGAUAGGUUGACUUGGCUUUGCAUUUCCUUCCGUUUGGGAGGUUUGUUAGACCAUUAAGGUUAUAUUAAAAUCCUCGUGUGUGUCCUUCUUAGUUUUGCUCGUUUUAAAGAUUUAAAAUCUGGAGGUGCUUGUGAUUUUCUUAUUUGUGGAAUUGUCCCUGAUGCAUUUGAGGUCACCAUCCUGGGUCUGUGUAAGCAGUUUUAUUCACCGGUUCUCCUCAUUGCUUUGAAACAUAUUAAAUACCAAAAUGCAUCUGAAACCAUGAAGCAGUGCUUUCAUUUCAGAUCUGUAAGUUGGUUGUAUUUAAAUCCAUUGGACUGACACUGGUCAUGGCCUAAGACCAGACCCAGACGACCAGCUCUGCACACUGUAGUCUCACUGGGGCCCUCGGGGUCGCCCCAGGGGUGGAGUUUGGGGCAGUUCGGUGUGUCUGCCCCCACGCUGCCGUCCGCAUAGGUGCGGACACCCGUGGUCCUGCGUGUUACAGAGAACUGUGGACGUGAGGCGUGCUUGUUCGCAAGCACAGCUGUGACCAAAGGUUAAAUUCUGUACUUUUUAAUUUCAAUUAAAACUUUUUAUUAAGAGUUGCCUUUGUUAAUAAAAGGAGCAGAUUGGAACUUAUUGAUCUCAAGAAGUGAACAGACUUUGUGGUUUGUAUAGCAGGUUUUCAUUUCAUACUAGUCUAUAUACUACACAAAUGUUUCCUGGGCUCUGAAAUGUGAAGUGAAAUGGUAAUGUAAGUAUUUAGGUUGUGUGACAUUAGAAUCUGGUUUUAUAAAAUUUCAGUGAAACUGAGCCAUGAACCCCAAGAGGAAGCAAGGCAGAAUGUGGGCCAGGGUGGCCUGGGAGCCCCUCUGUCAACCCCCAGCUGUGGGCACUGAUCUUGGUCUCAGUCAUGGCCCACCACGGUCCAUGUGAGGACAUAGCGCUGCAUGAAGAUGCAGUCUGCUGUUAGAGGUCCCCCAGUCUGCUGUUAUAAAAUGCAUCUCUUGGAUGUCAUCUCUGUAAACAGUUACUUUGUAUAAAGAUUAUAGUUCUGUUCUGGCCCUCUGGAAUCUGUCAAAUAUAUGAUUUAUUUUUUGUAUUGUUUGAUAGGUAGAUUUCUGUGAAAUGAUUUAAAAUCAUUUCAGUGGAAUAAUCAUCAGGGUGUGGCUCUUUAAUCUUGUGGGAAACUUGCAGAUAGUGGCAUGUGAAAUUUGUCGUUUUUCUGUUACCCCUGAUCUUUUGGGGGGAUGGGGAGAAAGAUGUAAAGUAGGAGACUCUGUCGUCACAGGCUGCGUCUGAUCCAGUAGAUUUAGUUGCUUCAAAUUGUGCUCUGAAAAAGCUGUUUCCACAUGUGUUCCUUGAUUAGACAGAAAGUUUUGCUUGUGAUUAGUAUUUUCUUUUUGUUAAGAAAUACAUGGGAGAAUUCCAUGGACAGAGGAACCUGGUGGGCUAUAGUCCAUGGGGUUGCAGAAUGGUUGAGCCCGACGUAGUGACUCAACAUCAAGAAAUACACAUUGAAAUACUAAGCCAGAAAAUAGCAUUUUUACCAUAAAACUUGUAUUUUACAAUGGAGUUUUUCAAAUGUUUUUUUUUGUCAGAUGUCAAUAAAAGUCUCGCUUCAUUGAUGAUGAUUAAAA